AAUAAUUACAUAGUUUAUCAUCUCUGCUUCAGGGCGAUUCAUUGUGUAUUUUUAUUUUUCAAAUAGGAUCCUUUAUUAAUUUGGAAAUUUUCUCUCUCAGAGGUCGGAAAGAAAAAGAAUAUAAAAAAAAAAACACUCAAUUCCUCAAAGACCAGACCUUUUUAAAAAUUUAUAAAAGAAAAACCCAGAAAAAGUGGUGGUUUUAAGUUGUUACUUUUGGAAACAGUGAUGCCUACUCCCAGACACCACGAUUAUCAUUAUUAUUAUUAUUCUUACCAUUAUUGUUCUUCUCCUUACUAUUCUUGCUACGACAACCUUCGACGAUCUUGUGUGAUGUUACUAGCAUCACCAUUGCUACUAGAUCAACAAGAACAGAUUUAAAGGAACCAUCAAAGGAGAAAGAAAUACCUUCCCUUCAUCCUUUUAAAAACACCCCCAUCCAGGAACCCACUAAUAUAUAUAUAUAUCUAUUUAUUUAUAUAUAUAUAUAUAUAUAUAUACACACACACCCCACAACACAUCACACUUUAGACUUUUGUGUGUCUGUGUGUGUAAAUCUAUGAAAUCCUCCUUUCUUCACUUUGUGUAUAUAGAUAGAUGUGUAUAUAUAAUUACAUAGAUUUAUUUAUAUAAAUAUAUAUAUAUGUAUGUAUGUAUGUAUUACUAUAUAAAGACACACAUAGACACGUGUGAGUGAAUAUGUGUGUGUAUAAUAAUAAUAAUAUAGUGUAUGAUAAGCUGUACUGAAAGUGUCUGGUCGACAUCAAUUUUCAUACCCCCCUCCCCUAAUCUCCAUUCUACAAUAGGUCAAAAAAAAAAAAAAACCUGAUUGUUACAACAGCAAUUAAAAGAGCGAACUAAUUCUCAACCAGACGAUCAACAUGUAAAAAAUAACAGUAAUAUAUAUAUAUAUAUAUAUAUAUAUAUACAUACAUGGAUAUAUGUUAUAGAAUAUAGUAUAUGUAUAUAUAUUUGUAAAGUAUCUAUUUAUUGUGACUCUAAAUUGCAGAAAAGAGAUCGUUUGUCAUUGAAAAAAACCCCCCAUUAUAAAGCUAACAUUUUAUAUGCAUAGAUCUACAAGUGUGUGUAAUAUGUAUAUAUUAUAUAUUACAUGUAUGUGUAUAUAGAUGUCUAAAUGUACAUACAUGCAUAUCUACACACCGGUGUACGACGUACAGUAGUCUACUGUUGAUAUUUCACCCGUUUCCUCUCUCUCUCUUUUACUUCCCCCUUAUUUCUUCCUUCCUUUCCUUCCAUUCUUGCACCCCUACACAAUACCCGACAGUUUUUGUCAAUUUUCACGUGGAAAGUUAAAUUUACUCCAAAUCAAGGAGCUCUGCCCUGGCCCUUCUCGCCAGAAAGAAAGCCAACCAGGAGUUGUGAGAUGGAGUGACAAUGAGUCACCCUAGUCCUGCGGGAAACGGCUGUUCUCUUGAAGAUUGCUACACCAACCUUUUUGCUCUGACUGAUCUCUGCGGCAUAAAAUGGCGUAAGUUGAAUGCAGAUAACGUGAGUGUGGACCCACUGGAUGAUCCAGUGUUGGAUUCCUACACGAGGUGUAUCCAGUCAGAUAUCUUGUGUGUCUGGAGACGGGUACUACGCAAUUCAGAGCAAAGGUUACCUGACCAGUUAGCAUACGGCAAGGAAUUAUGGAUAUUUUGGUACGGGGACAAGCCCCUUAGUUUGGACACAUUGCUAUCCCCCAGUUUGAAAGAAAUUGACAAAGGCUGUUGGGAUAAAGAUAAAGACAAAGACAAGGACAAUGGCUUAUCCUAUGAAUGUCGGACACUUCUCUUCAAAGCCCUUCAUAAUCUUAUUGAAAGAUGUCUACUCACAAAAAACUUCAUACGGCUUGGAAAGUGGUUUGUGCAGCCCUAUGACCAAAAUUCUCCUUCAGACAGGAGUUCCCAUUUAUCAUUCUGCUUCCAUUUUUUCCUUCAUGGAGAAAGUAGUGUGUGUGCCAGUAUAGAGAUUAAACAACACCCUCCAGUAUGGAGGCUAACUCCCCAACAUCUUACCCUUGUGCAAGAAAGCACUUCUCCUCUACAAGUAAUUCUUGCUCCAUAUGGUCUGUGUGGUACUCUGACUGGCAAUACCUACCGGGAUACAGACCAGGCUUCUCGGUCCGUUUUGGAUGAAUGGAGUCGAUACUACCCUGGGGAAGUACUAGAUGCCAAAGAUGCAUAUAACGAGAAUGCAAACAAACUACCCAGUGUGGUUGAAGUGAUAAUAGCUGGAGUACACAUGCGUUAUCCCUCGGCUUUUAUAUUUACUUGUGAGGAAGAACCUACUUUAACAGUUCCAGCAUCAACUUUAGCUGCCGCACCAGUUCCACCCAUCCAGCGCCCAUCAUGUCCACAUCCUGUCAUUCCAAAUGGUCCCCUGACUCCACCAACGUCCCCUGGGGAGCCUCAACUGCCUCCAGGUGGGGGUCUCAAGCUGUGUCCAUCAUUACCAUAUGCCACGGGACCUGUAGAACCCAGCUUAGGACCCUUGGACCAAACUGCUGACUCUGUAGCUUUCAGAAUACUGGAGAAAGUUGCUCAAGACAGUGUAACAAUGGCAGGAAUAAGCAAAAGGAAUCCUGAUUUGACUUCUGAGGAUAUGUUGCUUAUCUGGGAUUUUGGUGAUCCAACCUCUAAAGCUUCCUGUAACUGUAUCAGGCAUAGAAAUUCCAAGUCGAAAUCUUUGGCUCAGAACGCAACUAAAAGCUUGUUACCGUGUGGCAGCAACAAACAUGUGAAGGGGGAGAAACCUGAAAAAUUUGAUAGGCAGCAAUCUCGGCAUGGAAGGAACGUUAUUCCAUUUCAUAGACGCUCUCUACAGCAUGAUGAUCUCUUUCACUUUGAAUUGGAUAUGAUACCACCGAUGCCCCCAAACCCUGCAUUUAGGCCUCCUCCAAACUCUUCUUCCUCUAACACAGCUGGUGGGCCUGGUGGGGUCACACCAGGUUUACCCCAGCUUCAUAACACAGUAGAACCUUGUGGGAGUGCUGGGGUGGAUUCUCCAUCCACGCCGGCUCCCUCUCCAUUAGACUCUGAAACCCGCAACCAGCCUUUAGGCAAUCAAAAUAUGGACCCUGCAAUGCCUACAUUGAGCCCACACCCUCCUCCACAGAAAUCUGGUUCGGACAAAGAUAUUGGAGUUAGUGGUAGUGUUGGUUCUAGUAGUGGAAGUGGUAUGAGCACAAGCGGGGGAGGUGGUAAUGGGGGUAACAAUAACAGCGGGGUGGGUAAUAGUACUGUGAGCAGUGGUGGGGGCAGUGGUGGCAGCAAGCCAGCAUCGAUUGGUGAUUCUCAGAGUGUUAUGUUAUAUAAUGGCAAUGACUUGUAUUUGAAGUCUGAGGAGCCAAGCCCCAAAAUGGAAGCCACACCUUCUCCUGCCAAUUUACAGCUGCAGCAUCACCAGCAGCAGCAGCAGCAACAACAGCAACAACAGCAGCAGCAGCAGCAACAGCAGCAGCAGCAAGAUUUCAAAAUAGACACUGACAAUAACAGUUGGCUAAGAUCACAGCAUCGGCACAUGGAAUCAAAACUUCUUAAGCGUCCUCUUCUUCCAACAAAUGAAAUUGAAGAUGAGCAAAUACUAGUCACAGACUCUUUAUAUGAUUUUCAAAGUUUAAAUUCUUGGUUCGACAGCCAAUUAAAGCGAACAAAGUUUGAUUGUCGACAGGAUAGCCAAUAUUUUCAACAACAGCCACAGCAUAACUCUCAUUUUUCACAACAUUCUCAAAACUCAUCCUCCAGUAAGCAACCAUUGAAGCCUCCCACCCCUCAACCACCAGCUCAUGAUCCUUAUGAGUUCACUGACGAAUCAUCUUCACUUUUUGGAACACUGCCUGCAAGGAAUUUUAGAACAAGUCGAGAUGAUCUGUUUCGUUCUUCCCCUUUAAAGGAAGAAGAAAAGGAUUCAUCACGGCACAACGGCAACAGUAUAACAGCCGUUGGUUCUCCGCCUACAUCUUCUUGUUCCUUGCCAGUUUCCAAUAGCCUCACCACAGAGAAGGAUCUCUUUCCGACCCCCAUGGACCUGGACCAUAUUUUUGAAAGUGAAGAAAGUGGAGAUGAAGUAUUUCAGGAUCCUUCAGCCAGCAACCUAAAAUCUACUGAUGACAGCCUUAAAGGCAGUAAGGGGUCGAAUAUAAUCCCCAACGGUACCAUAGCCCCAUCAGAGUUAUCAAGAAUGUACCCCACUCCUCCAUCCCUGGAGAACCCUGUAUCUUCUCCUGGCACCAUUACAGACAUAGCACCUGAGACAACGAUUCCUGACAGUUGUGUCAUAGCUGAAGUGGACAACAGUAUAGCAGUCACCGAUUCUAGUAAGGACUGGUCCUGUGUGUUCAAACCGCCCAAGUUGGCUCGUUUUGUUGGUUCUACCAAAUAUGCUCCUGUUGAGCUGCCCAGUGCUACCGAGGCUGUAUUAACGUGUCAUAUUCCUGAGUAUAAACCUUCUUGGCAGUACCAGCCACAUGCACCAAGUCAUUACCUCAACCUCCCGUCCAUUGAAAACCUUCCCAGCUUAUCAAAAAUGCAUGCAGGCGUUGAGUCUUCGCCAGCUACAUUUACAGUCGGCAGUGUAUCUCAGCAGACACCCUUGAGUUAUGAACAGUCUCCCAUGUCUAAUGCAUCCUCUUCAUAUGUGAACAAGACUUUGAGUUCAGUUGACAAUCAAGUUACAAACCACCCGUUCACUGAAGUUCACAGCUUGCUGGUGAACGUCAUCCUUGCCGACAGCUCUCUUAACAUUUUCAAGGACCACAAUUUUGAUAGCUGCAAUAUUUGUGUUUGUACAAUGCGUGUAAAAGACGAUGAAGAUAAUUUAGACAUGAAUCGUUGCACUUGCGGCUUUAGUGCAAUUAUGAACCGCAUGUAUGGCCAUAACUCAGGACUCUUCUAUGAAGAUGAAGUUGAUAUUACCGGUAUCAGAGAUGACCGCUAUGACCAAAAUACUAAUAAGCGCCUAGCAGUGAUUGAUUAUCAAAAGUCUGGACUUAACAAGGACAGUACUACAACAGCAACAGUGACAGCUCCUGAGGAUGUACCACAAGUUAUAUUGGAGUGGUUGCUGACACAGUUCUGUGCUCCAUUUCCUUCGUCUAUAGCACAGAGAAUGUUUAAUAAGUUAAUCAUGAAUGCUGCUACGUCGCUGGUCGACAAUGUUGUCAAUGUCAUAUCAAUGCAAGAUAGCAAUGAAGCUGCUUUCACAGCUCUCCAGCAGGGCUGUCUAGCUGCUGAUAAUUGUUCACCUUCAAAACUAGACGAUCCACAGAUAAAAUCCUCCUGUUUACAUAGAUGGCCUUACUUGCAAGGUGCCAACAGAAUACCUCUGAACUCGCAGGACGUCCUACGCCUGUUGAAAUCCUUACAGCCUUUAUUGUCAGAUGCCAUACAGAAGAAACGCACCAUGCGGUUAUGGGAGCACACUUAUAAGUUGUCUGGUCCUCUUAGUUGGAAAGAUUUCCAUCAGCUGGCAGGCAGAGGAACAGAAGAGAAUUCUGAGCCCCAACCAAUUCCUUCAUUUCUUGUUGGCUAUGAUAAAGACUGGUUGUCUGUAUCACCAUAUGCACUCCCUUAUUGGGACAAGCUUCUUCUUGAACCAUAUGGGAAGCCUCGUGAUAUCGCUUAUGUAGUGGUUUGUCCAGAUAAUGAAUACAUUGUGAAGAAUGCAAGGUUUUUUUUCAAAGAAUUAAGUACAAUAUACGAGCUGUGUCGGCUGGGCCGACAUAGCCCUAUAACCAAAGUACUUCGGGAUGGCAUUCUGAAGGUAGGCCAUUCUGCUGCCCAAAAAUAUGCUGAUGAACCUAUAGAAGACUGGUUUAAUUAUAUUGGUGAAUCUCCAGUUGCUGCUAAAUUAAGACUGUAUGCUAGGGUGUGUAAACACCAGUUGGGCCCUCAUCUUGCCCAACAAACGCUAGACAAGUCAUUAUUUGAGAUGAGUUGCAGCAAAAGUAACCACAGCACUCCACGAUCAUCUGACAUGUCUCAAGCUCCAGCCACUCCGGAACAUCAAACAUCUGGUAGUACGACCAGCAAUGUAACGUCGUCUACAGCACCGAACCAACCACUGUCCAGUCAGUCCCAGCAACAGCAACAACAACAGCAACAACAACAAUCAACAACAACAUCAGCAACGACUAACAGUUGUAACAAUAACAGUAGUAGUAGUAGUAACAACAACACUACUACUACUACUGUUACAGGCCACAUUGGAAGUAGUAAUCCUGAUGAUAUGAACAAAGAUGGUGGUGCUGACAGCAACAGUUCCCAGCAGCAACGGGACGGCGGCAUCCAUGAACAACAACAAGAAUCUGAGGAUAGUUCCACAGAGUGCCCGGCUCUAGUUAUUUAUAUUGUGGAUCCUUUCACCUAUUGUCAGGAGUGGGACCACCUUAAUAGGCUUGGAACGAUUGGGUUACUGCACUGCUACCAAGAAAUUGUGAGAAACUUGCCAGAACAUAUGCAAAGCCAUGUUAGUCUACAAAUUAUUCCCUCUGAGGCUGUGAUAGAUCAAAAAGAAUGUGGCUCACAAUAUCAGAUGCUCAAAUCUUUGGCAUUCUCAGUUUUUACUACUUGCCGCUGGAAUUUGGCCCACAAUGUCUUAGGACGAUCGUUAACUGGCUUUGGGCCUGCUGCUGAUGCCGAACUUUUCCUUAAACAGAAAGAGGUUGAAAAAGCUGGACAGAUGAGACUCUAUUGCCCACCUUUCAUUCUGGCACCGGUGAAGGACAAGCAAUCAACACUUGCUGAAUCUUGUGGCGAAAAACUUGAAAAAAGUACGAUUGUGUUUUGUGGCUACUGCUUGAGUGAAGAUCAACGUUGGCUACUGGCCGCUUGCACUGACGAACGAGGAGAGAUGCAAGAGACUUGUAUAAUAAAUAUCGAAAUACCCAACCGUAAUCGACGGAAAAAGGCUUCAGCAAGGAAAGCCGGUUUACAAAAAUUAUGGACUUUCAUUGUUGGAAUUGUGUCUAUGACAACUCUACCAUGUCGUCUUGUUAUUGGACGAUUUGGUCGACUUGGCCAUGGGGAAUUGAAAGGCUGGGCUGAACUAUUGGGUAAGAAAAACUUGAUGAAAGCCAGUCAGCAAAUGAGAGAUAUGUGCACCCAGUGUUCCAUAAUGUCUAGCAGUGAGACACCUUGCAUCCUCAGUGCGUGUCUUGUUUCCAUGGAGCCCCAGUCUUCCUUUAGAAUUAUUUUUGAUUCAGUAAAAGUUGAAGAAAAGAUGAGUAGCAAUUGCCCCUUACAAACUCCACGUGAUGCAUCCUGUACACAUAUCCUGGUAUUUCCUACCUCAGCCACAGCACAGGCCAGUAACCACUCACUCCAUCGUGGAGAGCAUUCGAUGGAUCCUACCUACCACCUAGGGGACCUUAAUACAGAUGCCCUCUUCCCCUCAGCUAUAGAAGAUGGCAUUGGAGAUGAUAUUGGAUGUGAAAUGGACGAUCUUCUCUCCAUCUUCAUCAACCCCAUGAACGAUGAUAAAAACUCUGCUUCUGGUUCUCUUAUUCAUGGAGAUGAGGGCUGUCAGUCACCUUCAAAGAUGGGAGUCCCAUCAGCAUUUCAGGGAGCUGUUAACACAUCUAAUGAUCUUCAAGAGGAAGGUGGUACAUUGCUGCAACAACCUCUGGCAAUGGGCUAUUAUGUGUCCACAGCUAGCACAGGACCACUACCAAAGUGGUUCUGGUCAGCAUGUCCUGAGGCUGAAAACAUGUGUCCAAAUAUACUCAAGGCUGCACUUCACACACACUGUUCAUCAAAACAAGAUGAUCCUCUUCCCCUUCAGUCAACACAUAGUAGAAACAUUCACCCCCUUGAUUCGAAUCUAACCUGUGAUGUUUUGAGAUUUGUUUUGGAAAACUACAAUGCCUUGUCCUGGUUGACCAUGGACCCAGUAAAAAAUGACCGCCAGUCAUGUUUGCCUGUGCACUUUGUUAUGUUGAUGCAGAUGUACCAUGCAGUUAAUGCAUUUGUAUGACAUAGUAUCGGCAGGAGGAGGAAGAAGCGGCGUAAGAAGAAGAUGAAGAAACUCUGAAGACAAGCUACUUUGAGCAGAAUCCAAGAGGGCUAAGAAUAAUACUCAAACGAGCAGCAGUUUUACACUGAAAUUUCCCGAUCCCUCGAAAACAUUAUUGUUAUUAUUAUUAAUAUUAUUAUUAUUAUAUAAUAGACAGAGCCGUUAGAAAGGGAAAGCAACAGUACCCUACCGACACAAUGAUUCCAGUUGUUGGUAUUUUUUAAGGGUGUACCUGUUGCUAGUGAAUCUAAAGUUUGUCUUGUUCUCUCCUCCCCCUGCCAAUUGUGCAAUGUGGUAACUUAGUGACAGCACCUGCAACAGUUGAUCUGUAAAUGUGUACAAAUAUUUCUUCAUAUUACAAUCUUUCAUUUUUUAAAAGAUAAAAAAAAAAUAUUGUUUCCCCCCUCCCCUCAAUUCCAACAUCUCAUCUCUUUUUUUUAAAAAAGAAAAACAAUUACUAACAAUUUUUUCUCCUACUUUCCAUUUUGCUUCAUGCCCGGUUGUGUCUGAAGUUUUAGCAGGAAUCACAAGCCAACUGUAUGUAUGUAUGUGUGUGUGUCUGUGCACGCACGUGUGUAUGUAUGUGUGUGUGUGUCUUAUAUAUAUAUAUAUACUUGGUUCCCAUCAUAAGAAUUUUCAACCAACAAACAACAGUUUUCCUGAUAGUUGGAAUAAAUCCACCAUUAGUUUUAAUUAUUCCUGGGUCGAUACAUUCAUCUCCAUUGAAUCCCCAUCACUUUCGUUAUCAUAUUCAGUCAAUCAUUUUAUUUAAUAUUUUGUUCCAAUUAUUUCCUAAUUUUUAUCUUUCUGCUAUCUUUACCAAUUUUUAUUCUUUACUGCUUAAUAUUUGGUACUCCAUUAUUUUUUCCUACCCUACACAUUCACACACAUAUUCCCAUUAUUUUAGGGGUUUUUUCACUUCUAACCACCCUACAGUACAUUCUUCUUCACGAUAAUUGAAAUGUUAUAUAUAUAUAUAUAUAUAUAUAUAUAUAUAUAUAAUGAGGUCAGUCAGAUAUGAUCAAAGCUCUUUAGGGUGGGAGACAUUUGAAGUUAAAUGUGUUGAGGAAGGGAGUUAACUCCUAUAGCUAAGGUUUGAUAAUCAGUUAUUUCUUAUGUAACUGGAAAAUGUAAUUUUCAUCACCAUACAUUUUCUUUUGUACAUUUUGUUAUAAAUAUUCUUGCUGUUGCUCAGUGAAAUCAAAUAGGAAAGUUCAAUUAUUUUUUAUGUAUCAUACCUCUAAAAUUUUUUAAACUUAGGUUUUGAUUCUUGAAGAAGUGAAAUAAAAAUGUAAAAAAAAAAAAAGUUUCUUUUUAAUCCUUAAAGUUUUAUUUAUAUCACAGUAAAUGUCUAAUGAUUUUAAAAUGGGAAUAGUUCUUCCUUUUAGUUUAGACAGAAUUUGAAUUUCAGAUAAUGACUAAUCCAACUUCUGCCUGAAUUCCAAACCAAAACAGUCCUUUCAAUCCUAAACCCCAACAUUAUGUAAAUCCUACUUCAAGAAGCGCAGUUAUGAUUUUUAAAAAUGUAAUUAUAUCAAUUUGGUUCUUUAAUCAUUGACCCAUAUCACGUAACCCAUCUGUUUCUAGGAAAAUAUCAGUUUUUAGAACAAAGAAAUUUUUAUAGUGUAAACUAUGAGUGGAGCUGGUUAAAUUUCAUAUGACAAUAUUGCUCCUUAAUUUUUCCAGACCCUAAUCUUGUAUUUACUCUUUGAAAUCCCCUGAGAAAAAAACUGAUUAAGGUUUUGUUGUGACAGCUGACUUGUUUGUGCCUUGUCUCUUGCCUCGUCAUCUCGUUGAUAAAGGAUCAUAAACACAUAUGUCAACAGCCCAUGUUAUUUGUUGUAAUUCACCUUGAUGGCUUAACAAAAUCUUUAGUCUAAAGUUUGAUAUCAAUUUUAUCAGUUGUGAUGGACAUCUCAAAAGCUAUGCAAACCUACACUGGGCAACAAUAUCACAAAGUAUAGAGGACAACAAUAGUGCAAAGUUAAGAGGGUAACAAUAUCACUAUGCCUUCUUAUUGUUAAACCUGUUCCUUUCUUUAUCCUUCUCUUGGAAGCACACAAGUCAUUCCAUUCCCCCACCACACAACCAUUACUUAUUCUCCAUCAGCAACCAUCAGCAUGGAUAUAUGACUAACACAACAUGAAAACAUCAUCAUGCUGUUUGCAUUUCAACAUGAUUAAACUUGAUGAUGAAUAUCAUAACAAUUAGCUGGUCGGAUCACAUUUAGUUUUUGACUUUCUUAAAGAAGUACUCCACCCAUCCUAGGUUUGUUCCACGAUGGGUCUGAUGACAAGGAAGAUUAAAACACUGCCCUCUUUGCUUGAUAUUAAAAUGCUGUGUCUGAACUAAAAGCUCAGUCACCUCUGCUCAAUCACUCCUCAUUCACUCAGUAUUCAUUGUGUUGGCAAUUUAUGUGUUAUUUUACAUAAUACAAACUGGAAUUUAAACUGCUGUAACAUUUCCCAACUUCCAUUGUGGCAAAUAUUCUCUUGCAAAAAAUUUUUACUGAAUUCAUUUUUUUUUUAUAUAUACAAACUGACCCUAUUUUGUAUAUGUAAGCUUGUAGUUGCAUUCCAUAGAGACCAUAUUCUUGUAGUUUAUCCAAACAGGGCCACAGAAUUAUUGAAUAGCUUCAUCUUUUGUUGAGAUAUUUUGUUCUGAGUGUGAGUGAACACUCAAAAUGCAUUUAGUAAGAAAACAGCUGCACUUGUGUGUGCAGUUAGUUUUAGAUUGCUAUCAUAGUAACACGAAAAAUGGUAUCAGGAACUUUGAGAUUUGUAGUGGGCCAGCAGAGAGAUUUUACCGAUGAAGGGGCUGUUGUUCUAUCCCUUGUACUGUUUACUCCACAUCCUACAUCCUUAAAUUAGCGGGAACAUAAUAAAUCUGAACCACAACUGAAUGCUUGUUGUAGGUCUCAACAAAUCUGAGGAAUUUUUUUUUUCUUUCUUAGAAUACUUGGAAACGAAUAUAAUGGCAAAAAAA